AUGGUCUGUUGGGCUGCCCCCGUACUACUCCUGGCCGUGACUGUCUCCUUGGUGGGGUCACCAGUUGCCCAAGCAUCCCAAUCUGGACCUAGUCAGGCCCAAGGGGGAUCUGGGCAGCAACUGGACCCAGAGAGCGGAGCAGGUGAAUCAGUCCUGGUCUCUGUCUAUGUACAGCUGGAUUUUUCAAAUGAGACCUGGCCAAUGGCACUCUCCAGAGCCUUGACUCUGCCGCAGGCCUUGGCUUCCGCUUCACCUAGAACUCUCACUGGCCUCAGCCUCACGACAGAGUGUAAUGUUGAGAAUAACGGGUUUACCAGCUGUGCUUGCCUCUCUGGAUACCAGUGGAACGCCAGUGUCUGCGCCAGUCACCAUCCUUGCCGCCCCCGCUUCAAGCACCAGCCCUGCAGUUGUCUUGUCAUCGGUCCUACUGAAGCUGGGUACUGCCAGUUGCUGCCACCUGUCCCUGGGACCCUAAGCCUGAACACCUCGCUGCAGAUGCCUGGCGACACGCUGAACCUGACCCUCCUCACCAGCCAUGAGACCGCCAACCUGAACUGGUUCCUGCAGCGCACAGGGAGCCCCAGACCUGUCCUUCUGCAGCCAGGGACACAUGUGUCCCUAACCUCCAGCCAGGGUCAGGCUGUCCUCAGCAUCUUCAACAUCUCCCACAAGUGGGAAGACCAGCUCUCCAUCUCCUGUGCUACCUCCCCUGGCUUCCAGCUGAGCUGCUGCUUCCCCCGCACACACCUGAGCUACACGGCUUCCUGGAGCCCCAUAGAGGGCAGCAAAGCCUCCUUAUUCGACAAGCCAGGAGACCAGUGCCUCGUGCUGACCGUUCAGCGCUGCCCCACGGCUGAUACCACGUACACGUGUGACCUGGAGAGCCCAGGACUGACCCCUCUCAGGGUCCCUGUCUUUGUCACCAUUAUCCAGGGUGGAGACACUACUUGCCCUGAGGACUCCUCAGCUAUUGCCUGGAAUGUCACCAAGGCUGGUCAUGUGGCACAGGCCCCAUGUCCCGUGAACAGAAUGGGCGUGGUGAAGAGGACUUGUGGGCCUGAUGGGACCUGGAGGCCUUCCCGCAGCAGCUGCACAGACGUAGGGCUCCUGGCCUUGCUCCAGAGAGCCCAGCUGCUGGGGGCAGGCCAGGGCCGGCCUGCUGACGAAGUGCCACGGAUCCUGGCACAGCUGCUGGAGCGGGUGGUGCUGGUGAACUCCCCCUCUGACUUGUUGGCACUUCUGGGCACCAUGACAUUCCUGGCCAAGACAGUGGCAGAUGCCAGAAUACAACUUCACCGCAGGGCCCUGGAGGCUCUCUUGAAAACCACAGACAAGGUCCUAGACCUGGAUGCCAGUUCUUUGUGGACCCCGGCCCAGGCCCAGAAGCCCUCGGCGGGCUCAAAUCUCCUGCGGGCUGUGGAGACCCUGGCGUGCAGCCUGAGCCCACAGGCCCGCCCCUUCUCCUUCAGCUUGCCCAAUGUGCAGCUGCAGACCCAGCUCCGUGUACCCGCGUUUUCUGCUGACUACAAAGUCUCCUUCUCCACUCAGCCCCCAGUGCAGGUGCAGAUUCCCAGACGCUCGCUGACCCCACUGGGCCAUAAUGGAACCAACGUCAUUAUUACUAGCCUGGUGCUGCGAAAACUGGACCGCCUCCUGCCCUCCAACUAUGGACAAGGGCUGGGGGCCCCCCUCUAUACCACUCCUGGCCUGGUCCUUGCCAUCUCCAUCAUGGCAGGUGGCCAGACCUUUGGCCAGGGAGAAGUCAUCAUGGACUUUGGGGACACAAACAGCACCCUCCACUGUGUCUUCUGGGACCACGAUCUCUUCCAGGGCAGCGGGGGCUGGUCGGAUGAAGGGUGCCAGGUGCAGGCGGCCAGUGCCAGCCCCACCACUCGGUGCAUCUGUCGGCACCUCACUGCCUUUUCCAUCCUAAUGUCCAGACACGCUGUUCCAAAACCCCCCGCCCUGGAGCUGCUGAGUCAGAUGGGCUUGGUGGCCUCCAUUCUGGCACUGCUCGUGUGCCUGGGCGUGUACAGGCUGGUGUGGCGAGUCGUGACACGGAACAAAGUUGCCUACUUACGUCACGCAGCCCUGCUCAACAUAGCGCUCUGUCUGCUGGCUGCAGACACCUGCUUCCUGGGAGCCCCACUGCUUCCUCCAGGGCCCCAAAGCCCACUCUGCCUGGCCGCUGCCUUCCUCUGCCAUUUCCUCUACUUGGCCAGCUUUUUCUGGAUGUUGGCUCAGGCCCUGAUGUUGGCCCACCAGUUGCUCUUUGUCUUCCACCAGCUCUCCAAGCGCCAAGCACUCUCCCUGAUGGUGGUCCUCGGCUACCUGUGCCCCAUGGGGUUUGCAGGUGUUGCCCUGGUCCUCUUCCUACCCCAAGGGCAAUACCUGGGGGCGGGCGCAUGCUGGUUGGAUGGGAAGGGAGGAGCGCUCUACACCUUUGUGGGGCCAGUGCUGGCCAUUGUGGGCGUGAAUGGGCUGGUACUAGCCGUGGCUGUGCUGAAGUUGCUGAGGCCUUCGCUGUCAGAGGGACCCCAGUUGGAGAAGUGCCAAACCCUUCUGGGGGUGAUCAAAGCCCUGCUUGUUCUAACGCCCAUCUUUGGCCUCACCUGGGGACUGGGCCUGGCCACUCUGUUAGAGGACGUCUCCAUAGUCCCUCACUACAUCUUCACCAUUCUCAACACCUCCCAGGGUGUCUUCAUCUUACUGUUUGGUUGCCUCAUGGACAAGAAGGUACAAGAGGCUUUACUGAAACGAUUCUGCCAUGCCCCAACCCCCAACUCUACCAUUUCUUUGGCCACAAAUGAAACCCACAUCCUGGAACACAGCAAAGGAAGUGAAAAUGCCGGGUGA